AUGGCUUCGCAGCAGCUCCACGCCAAGGUGGAAGGCCAGGCAGUUGACUCUACGCACGCCAAACCUGCUCACAGCGCGCCCCACCCUCACAUGCGCGGAUCAGCAGCUUGCGUUCACCUGACACCCUAUGCGGGCGAGGCGCAGCUGCCCAUCAUCGCCUCGCUCAUUGAGCGUGAGCUGAGCGAGCCUUACAUCGUCCACACGUAUCGAUAUUUUCUGCGCGGCUGGUGAGUCGCUGCCACUGCAUCGUCGGGCUGGUAAAGCAUGCUUGGCUGAAAGGUUCUCCUGCAACGCCCUUGCGCUUCACCUGUGCCUUCGCUUUCCUCCGCACUUUGCUCCUCUUUCAGGCCACACCACACCUUCAUUGCUUGGGCCAAGGACGAGCCGGCGUCCGCACCUUCUUCCCUCGGGCCAAGGGCACACCAAUUGGGCUUGGACGCCACCACGGAUCAAGAUGAGACCAGCAGCACAGGCUCUUCUGCUCUUUCGGAUCAUGAGAGCGACGAUGAGCCGGGAGCGCUGUCCAUCUCGAAGAGCAUUCCAGUCGGCGUGAUCGUCAGCAAGCUAGAGGCGCAUAGAGGCAAGCAUCAGAGGGGUUACAUUGCCAUGCUCAGCGUCGCACCAGAGUGGAGAGGUCGUGGUGUGGGUGAGUGGGCGGAGCGUCGCAUGCAUGAUGGCGAAGCACCGCGCAUCUGAUGCUCUUUUCUUUCCGCGGCCGCGCACAAGCAACGAGGCUGGUGCAGCGUGGAGUGCGUGCUCUGGUGGAAGGAGGAGCGCAAGAGGUGAGUAGUGUAAGCUAUCAGCGUGCUGGUGCACGGUGCGCUUUAGAGAGCAGCUAAGUCCGCACGUGUGCGUGUGCGUGUCCGCGCAGAUUGUGCUCGAGACGGAAGCAGACAAUGUCGCAUCCUUGGCGCUGUACGAGAGCUUUGGCUUUGUGCGAGAAAAGCGAUUGUUCCGCUUCUACCUCAAUGGUGGGUCGACCAAGUAAGCAGACCUGGCGCGUAUCUGGCUGCUGAUCACGAUUGCAUUGCGAUUUGUGCACAGGCAAAGACUGCUUCCGAUUGGUGCUGCCAGUCACACACUCCAGUUCGCCCAGCGGCGUCGCAGCUUCGGGAACAGAGCACAAGCGACCUUCAUCUCCACCCGCGAGGUUCGAGACGCUAGGCAUUGCUUGA